CAUAAAAUCAGACAUUUCUAAUAAUACGGAGGCAGAUCUCAUAAAUUUCGAUUUUAAAUUUGUGAAAAAUUUUUAAGAGAAUUCAAGUCCAGGGAAAAAUAGAAAGCCCCCUUUAUUCAUUUCCAGAUCCGAUAUAUCUAUAGCCGAACUCGAGAGACAAAAUGGAUCGCGAAGAAGACAUUGAAGAACAGGACAGGAGUCCCCCGAAGAUAUCCAGGUACACCGAAGCCCAGCCUGAAGAGAUCUCUGUUCCAAUAAACCAUUCAUCUCUAUCGCUGCGGGUCGAGUCGACUGAACAGUGCUCACUCUCAUUUUUACCAUUUUACUCAUCUGAACUGGGAACUAAAAAUGGGAAUAUCCAGAAGGCUGAAAAAUGUAAAAAGAGGAUUCUGGCUAUAAAGAAAAGAAUCGCCGUUCUAGAAAAGCAAAUUAAAUUAAACAAAAAUGAUGCAGAAAAAUCAAUGCUUUUUCCGUUAACUGAGGCACAGCAGAUCCAAAUAGAUUCUAUAUGCAGUCAUACGGAUGAAGAGAGUAUUGUGAUCGACAAAUUUAAAAACCCCAUCCAAGUGAAGGAUCUUAAGAUACUCAAGUCUCAAAAUGAUUGGCUCAACGAUAAGAUUAUCAACUUUUAUGUGGAUCUAAUCAGCGAACGCUCAACCCGCACAUCCAACCCUUUACCGACUGUCUACACAUUUAGUACGUUCUUCGUCGAACGCUUUUUGACGGAUGGCUACAAAGGAGUUCGACGAUAUACGAAGAAAAUAGAUAUAUUUAGCUAUGAUAUGAUCUUGAUACCCGAAAAUAUUAAAAACAUCCAUUGGUGCAUGACGAUUAUCAAUUUAAAGGAGAAAACCAUCCGCUACUACGACUCUUUGGGCGGCGGCCACGAUUUGCUGCUACAUGCCCUCACGACUUACCUCGCAGAAGAGUCGAUGGACAAGCGCCACGUGGCAUACGACAUAAAGGAGUUUUCGCUGGAAACUGUUAAGGAUAUGCCACGGCAGGAGAACACUCACGACUGCGGGGUCUUUGCCUGCAUGGCGGCGGAAUAUGUGACACGCUGCCAGCCUCUGAACUUCACGCAAAAGGACAUCCCGAAUCUGCGCUCCAAAAUGAUUCUGGAAAUCUCCAGUGGCAGACUUUUGUAACAUCCUUACACUCCACCCAGACAUCUUAUGAUUCCCUCACCCAUCCCCAUCGAGAAUCCACAUGCAAUCACAGAAUAUGGCCAUAAAUUCCUCUUAGAUCUUGGCCCCUGUUUUGAAUAAAGAAAAUGCCUCAAAUGUCUCGGAAA